AUGGCCUCGGGCGUCGACGCUGACGAUCGAGGGUCCGCCCAAGCAAACGCCCACGCCAACGCCACCGCCAACGCCAACGCCGACGCCGACUCCGCCGACUCCGCCGCCAACGCCGCCGCCGCCGAAGACUCGUCGGGAAGCGGCGGCGCCAGGUCGCAGACGGCGUCCGAGGCCUUCCUCGACGAAAUCACCCAGUCCGUCAGCGCCUCCAUCUACGAAGGCCGCUACGAGAACGGCCGUCGCUACCACACCUACCGCGAGGGCGCCUACCCGCUGCCCGAGGACGAGCGCGAGCAGGACCGCCUCGACCUCAUCCAGCAUUGGUUCGGCCUCGUGCUCAAGGGCGAGCUGCAGCGCGCCCCGCUGGACUGGACCCAUGACGAACCCUCCGACGCCCCGCGACGCGUGCUGGACGUCGGCACCGGCACUGGUCUCUGGGCCCUGGAUUUUGCCGACUUGCAUCCCGAUGCGCAGGUCAUUGGAACCGACCUGAGCGUCAUACAGCCCGAAUGGACGGCGCCCAACUGCCACUUCAUCAUCGACGACGCCGAGUCCGACUGGAUCUUCACCGACAAGGAGUCGUUCGACUACGUGCAUGUGCGCUAUCUGUACCCGGGCAUCGGCGACUGGGAGCGGCUGUGGCAGCAGUCAUUCGAGCACCUGCGCCCGGGCGGCUGGGCCGAGUCGCAGGAGAUCUCGGCCUGGUUCUACUCGGACGAGCCGGGCUUCGAGCACAGCAACAUCCAGUACUGGCAGCAAACCAUGGACGACGCAACCGCCCGCAUCGGCAAGCGCUUCAACCGCGCCCACGAGCAAAAGGACCACAUGAUCAAGGCCGGCUUCGUCAACGUCGUCCAGGAAAUCAUCGAGGUACCCAUGGGCACCUGGGACAAGCAGAACCUGGAGAUUGGCAAGUGCGCGUUGCUCAACGCCUUCGAGGGGCUGGCGCCGACCUCGUUGGCCAUCUUCAGCCGCGUGCUGGACUGGGACAUGCCUCAAAUCGAGACGCUGCUGGCGGCGGUCCGGAACGAGUUCUUGUACAGCAGGUGGAAGACGCACGCCAAGUUUUACUUUACCUACGGCCAGAAGCCGGCAGAUGCUUAG